GGCGGGGUGAGGGGUCGGUAAAUAUUGGUGACGUCACACCGCCAAGAUGGCGGAGGGGGAGGACGGGGGCUGGUGGCGGAGCUGGCUCCAGCAGAGCUACCAGGCCGUCAAGGAGAAGUCCACAGAGGCUCUGGAGUUCAUGAAGAGGGACCUGGCCGAGUUCACGCAGGUGGUGCAGCACGACACCGCCUGCACCAUCGCCGCCACGGCCAGCGUGGUCAAGGACAGGCUGGCAAGGGCAGAAGGCUCCUCAGGUGCCACGGAGAAGGUGAGGAAGGGGCUCUCUGACUUCCUGGGGGUCAUCUCGGACACCUUUGCCCCCUCCCCGGACAAGACCAUCGACUGUGACGUUAUCACGCUGAUGGCAACGCCCUCAGGGACCACCGAGCCCUACGACAGUGCCAAGGCUCGUCUCUACAGCCUCCAGUCUGACCCAGCCACCUACUGCAACGAGCCCGAUGGCCCUGCUGAGCUGCUCGAGGCCUGGCUCGCCCAGUUCAGCCUGGAGGAGAAGAAAGGGGAGAUUGCAGAGCUGCUGGCAACCAGCCCUUCCAUCCGGGCGCUCUACACCAAAAUGGUCCCUGUGGCUGUUUCCCACCUGGAGUUCUGGCAGCGCUACUUCUACAAACUGCAUCGCCUGGAGCAGGAUGAAGCCCGGAGGGAGGCCCUGAAGCAGCGAGCGGAGCAGAGCAUGCACCAGGAGGAGCCAGGCUGGGAGGAGGAGGAAGAGGAGUUCCUGGGGAUGUCCCCCCUGCCUUGUGCAAACGUCACAUUCCCAGGAGCACAGACAGAGCCUGCCCCGGAGGGAAACCCCCCCGCUGCCCCCUCAGGGCAGAGCUGGGCCGUGCUGCCCCCAGAGCCGCUGGAGCAGAGCCCCUCGGAGAGCAGCGAGAGCGUGUCCCUGCUCACUCAGAUUGCAAACCCUGCCCCUGGGCCUGCCAGCCAGCUACAGACUGCAGCUGCAGCCCCGCGCAGCCAGGACCUGUCCCAGAGGCUGGCAGAGGCCACCCUGGAGGAGCAGAGCUCCCUGCCAAAGCCCCCCGAGGCUGCUCAGCCUUCUGCACCCGCUGAGGGAUCAGCAGCGUCCUCUGGAGCAGAGCUCAGAGAGCCGGAGAGCAAAGGCAGGACAGAGACUCUGAGAGAGGAAGGACCCACAGACCUGAGAGUCUUCGAGCUCAACUCGGACAGUGGCAAAUCCACCCCCUCCAACAACGGCAAGAAAGGCUCCAGCACAGACAUCAGCGAGGACUGGGAAAAGGACUUUGAUCUGGACAUGACGGAGGAGGAGGUGCAGCUGGCGCUCUCCAAGGUGGAAAUGUCUGGGGAGCUGGAAGAUGAGGAGUGGGAAGACUGGGAAUAAAGCAGCUGCUUCCAGUGUGUGUCACAGGCUCAUUUCCACCAUCGAACGUGAACCCAACCACGGGCUGGCUGUUCCUUUGUGUGUGACUGUGCUGGGGGUUGCAGUUCCAGGCUGGAGGAGUUCCUAAAACCUGUGGGCAACUCCAGUGACCCCUUCAGCUCCAGCAGGAUGGAAGCAGGAGGUCACUGGCACACAGGAGCCCGACUUCUGCGUAGGUCCUAGAGACUGGCCAAGCCAAACCUGCCCCUGACGUGUCAGGAGGAGGCAGAGUGAGGAGUCCCUGGGGCCAGCUGGGCACCCAGAGCCCUGCCAGGUGUGCUGGGUGCUGCCAGGCUGCCACCUGGCUCCUUCCUUGCUUGUGUGUGCACGUGCAACCUGCAGCUGAGAGGCUCCUGGACGUGGCUGUGCCUGCUCCACAAUUCCCACCGGGAAAGCAGCGCCCAGGGAGGGCCUGAGGGCUGGAGGUGCUGCAGAAAAAGGCACUUGGCUCGUGGCUUUGAUCCUGGAAGGAGCCAAACCCCCCGCCAAACCCUGAGCUUCUGCCUGGCUUUUUGUCUUGGAAGCUUUUUCUCACGGAAACUCCCGUUUCCAGCAGUUCCUCAGAGAGCCAAGGCCUGCUGCUCCCUCCCUUUGCAGCUGCACCGCCUCCCUGCACUGGGUUUUGUGUCUUUCUAGUUCAAUUCUCCGAGCAAAAUCCUCUCUCACUCGAGCCCUGCUGGGCUGGCAGUGGUUUGGCUCACCUGGGAGCAGAACCCCUCGUGCUGGUGCCAGCUCAGCCCCUGCAAAGGCCCAGCCUGGCCCAGUGACACUGCCACCUCUGCCUGGGGACAGAGAGGCUCCCCAAAAUUUGGGUGGUCCCUGCUGUGUGUCCCCACCUGAGCCCUGUCCCACCCUGAGCUUUGCUGUGCUCGCUUGGGUUCCUUCACUUCAGCCCCCGUGACUGCUUGAGAGGCUUCCCUCAGCCCCACGGGCUCAUUCUGGGGCAGUUUCUUUGUCACCACACGAGAUGCUGCUGAUGGCACAGUUAUCCCAAGGGGACAGUGCCCUCCCUGGCCUGUGGGGUGGCGGGGUGACACUUUUUGCCUUUGUCCUGCCCCUUCCAGGGCUGCUCCACGGGGGCUGGGGGUUCCUCCUGGGUUUGGACAGCACUAAACGAGGUGCACUUGGAAGAGUUGGGGUUUUGGGGGUGGGUUUUCCUCUUUUGGGGUGACUCCCUGUCCUGCCAAAGCCCUGGGGACAGCUCUGCUCCUGCCUGGGGUGUGGCGGGCAGGGGACACAGGGGACACCAGUGGGGACCUGGGGCUGGCCCAGCUGACCUCACAGCAGAGCUCGAGGGUGCAGCAUCUGUCACUUUUCUUUUCUUCUUUAGUCGAAUUAACCGUUGGGUUGGUUGUGCAAUAUUCUCUGUUCUCGAACUAUUCCGCAUCUCCCUGAGCCUUUUCUAGCUGGGGUGACGAACCAGGAACAAUUCUAACAGCUGGUAGUUUUGUAACGAUGACUUUCUCCAAACCUUUUACAGACUUGCAGUUAACAGCAAUUAAAGGAGUUCUCAGAGUC